UCGGCAGCAGCGUCCGAUCUGUUGUUAUUUUCUCUGCAGCUAAAAAAUCAGGAAUGCUAAGAGGCUAAAGCGUUUUUUUUCUCCCCCCACUUCCAGGUCGUUCUUUUAUUUCUCCAUAAUCGCCGUUUCUGCUCAGACACCCGUAUAUACCCUGGCUUGUCACGACCCAGCGUCGAUCUAGUAAUGGACUCGGACGAGGGUUACAAUUAUGAAUACGACGACGAGGAAGAGGAGUGCAGCGAGGACAGCGCUGAAGAGGAAGCCGAGGACGACACCCUGGAGCUCGGCGACGUGGAGCUGGUCGAUCCCGUGGUGGCCGGCGGCGAGCGAGACGAGUGCGGGGAGACCGGCGGCAGCGGCCUCGGCCCGGGACAGGACGACGAGGACUACCGCUUUGAAGUUCUCACCGCCGAGCAGAUCCUCCAGCAUAUGGUGGAGUGCAUCAGGGAGGUCAACGAGGUCAUCCAGAAUCCUGCAACAAUCACAAGAAUACUGCUUAGUCAUUUCAACUGGGACAAGGAAAAGCUUAUGGAAAGGUACUUCGAUGGUAACCUGGAUAAACUGUUUUCCGAGUGUCAUGUCAUAAACCCUAGUAAAAAAUCCAGGACGCGCCUCAUGAAUACACGAUCGUCAGCUCAGGAUAUGCCAUGUCAGAUCUGCUAUCUCAACUAUCCUAAUUCGUACUUCACUGGUUUGGAAUGUGGGCACAAGUUCUGCAUGCAGUGCUGGGGCGACUACUUAACCACCAAAAUCAUAGAAGAAGGAAUGGGCCAGACCAUUUCCUGUCCUGCACAUAGUUGUGAUAUCCUGGUUGAUGACAACACAGUUAUGCGACUGAUAACAGAUUCGAAAGUGAAGUUGAAGUACCAACAUUUAAUAACCAAUAGUUUUGUAGAGUGCAAUCGACUGUUAAAAUGGUGUCCAGCUCCUGACUGCCAUCACGUAGUCAAAGUCCAGUACCCCGAUGCCAAACCCGUUCGCUGCAAGUGUGGCCGGCAGUUCUGCUUCAACUGUGGAGAGAACUGGCAUGACCCAGUAAAGUGCAAGUGGUUGAGAAAAUGGAUUAAAAAGUGUGACGACGACAGUGAAACGUCCAAUUGGAUUGCAGCAAACACUAAGGAAUGUCCUAAAUGCCAUGUGACCAUAGAGAAGGAUGGCGGCUGCAACCACAUGGUGUGUCGGAACCAGAACUGCAAAGCGGAGUUCUGCUGGGUUUGCUUAGGCCCGUGGGAACCCCACGGAUCAGCCUGGUACAACUGCAAUCGCUACAAUGAAGACGAUGCCAAGGCAGCUAGGGAUGCACAAGAGCGCUCCAGAGCAGCCUUGCAGAGGUACCUAUUUUACUGCAACCGCUACAUGAACCACAUGCAGAGCCUGCGCUUCGAGCAUAAGCUGUACGCGCAGGUCAAGCAGAAGAUGGAGGAGAUGCAGCAGCAUAACAUGUCAUGGAUUGAGGUGCAGUUCCUGAAGAAGGCUGUGGACGUGCUGUGCCAGUGCCGCUCCACGCUCAUGUUCACCUAUGUCUUUGCCUUCUACCUCAAGAAGAACAACCAGUCCAUUAUUUUUGAGAACAACCAGGCUGAUCUAGAGAAUGCCACUGAGGUGUUGUCUGGAUACCUAGAGCGAGACAUUUCCCAAGAUUCACUGCAGGACAUCAAGCAGAAAGUACAAGACAAAUACAGGAUCAACUCUAGCAUUACGGAAGUACUUGCGCAGGAAGAACUUGUGCAGUGCCGUCACAUUCUGUCAGGGUAAAUGGAGAAUGUUCAUUUAUAUCAAAUAAAAUCUGUUACUGUAUGUCCGACUUAGCUAUCAUUAGACAAGUAUAUAGUUAACAUACACUGACCAGCCAUAACAUUAAAACCACUGACAAGUGAAGUGAAUAACAUUGAUUAUCUUGUUACUGUGGCACCUUUAAAGGGGUAGGGCAUAUUAGGCAGCAAGUGAACAGUCAGUUCUCAAAGCUGAUGUGUUUGAAGCAGGAAAAAUGGGCAAGUGUAACGAUCUGAGCGACUUUGGCAGGUCUUGUGGGGUGUUCUUGGUAUGCAGUGGUUAGUACCUACCAAAAGUGGUUCAAGGAAGGACAACCGGUGAACCGGAGACAGGGUCAUGGGCGCCCAAGGCUCAUUAAUGCACGUGGGGAGCGAAGACUUGCCCGUCUGGUCCGAUCCCACAGAAGAGCUACUGUAGCACAAAUUGCUGAAAAUGUUAAUGCUGGCUGUGAUAGCAAGGUGUCAGAACACACAGUGCAUUGCAGCUUGCUGUGUAUGGGGCUGUGUAGCCACAGACCAGUCAGAGUGCCCAUGCUGGCCCCAGUCUACUGCUGAAAGCACCUACAAUGGGCACGUGAGCAUCAGAACUAGACCAUGGAGCAAUGGAAGAAGGUGGUCUGCUCGGAUUUUCUUUUAUGUCGUGUGAACGGCCGGGUGCGUCGCUUACCUGGGGAAGAAAUGGCGCCAGGAUACACUAUGGGAAGAAGGCAAGAUGGCGGAGGAUGUGUAAUGGUCUGGGCAAUGUUCUUCUGGGAAACCUUCCUGGCAUUCAUGUGGAUGUUGCUUUGACACAUACUACUUGCCUAAACAUUGUUGCAGACCAAGUACACCCCUUCAUGGCAACGUUAUUCCCUAAUGGCAGUGGCCUCUUUCAGCAGGAUAAUGCACCCUGCCACACUGCAAAAAUUGUUCAGGAAUGGAACAUAACAAAGUGUUCAAGGAGUUGACUUGGCAUCCAGAUUCCCCAGAUCUCAAUCCGAUCGAGUGCUGUACAAACAAAUCUGAUCCAUGGAGGCCCCACCUCACAACUUACAGAACUUAAAGGAUCUGCUGCUAACAUCUUGUAACACUUUGCUGCUAACAUCUUGGUGCCAGAUACCACAGCACACCUUCAGAGGUCUUGUGGAGUCCAUGCCUCAACGGAUCAGAGCUGUUUUGGUGGCACAAGGGGGAUCUACACAAUAUUAGGCAGGUGGUUUUAUGUUAUGGCUGAUUUAGUGUAUAGACAAGUACAGUCAUGGGGAUAAGAAAGUAUACCCUCCUUAAAUUCUGUGUUUUUAUUUAUCAAGAUUAACUAAUCUUGUGCAUUUCAUUUGCAACACUUGGCUGCUAAUUACUCUUAAUGACUGUGGAAGUAGGAAAGGUAUAUUUUUUUUUCUCACCUCUUUUCUGAAUGUUGGUUUGCAUUUUAGAAAAAAUGACAUGUUGAAAUCUGUUGAGUUUUUUAUUGUUACCUGAGGUUGAUUGUUUAUAGAAGUUGCUGAGGACCACACAAUUGUUUUUAGGCCUUGAUAAGUAAAAACAUAGAAUUGAAGGAGGGUGUACUUUCUUUUUUCCAUGGCCAUAUAUGGUAAUGCCGAAAUGGUCAAAAACCAUUUUCGGACAAGCAAAUGGGACAAAGAUUUUGACCUAAAACAUUUAACAGGUUUACAAAGAAGUGUCAAAUCUAACACUUUACAAAUAAUGCUAAUAGUAAUAAAAUAUUAUGAAGUAGUUAAAUAUGCUGGGGUUUUUCAUUUUGUUUUGUGUUGGUCUCUCCAAGCUGUACUGCUGAUAAAAUUAUUAUGCCCCCCUGCCCCCCUGUUAACACUCCUUAAACCUGAACUGGUCAAAAUACUUUUUUUUAGGCUAUUGGCUCUGGAUGAUUCAAUCAUUUAUCACUUUUUUCAAAAUGGUAAUUUGUGAACAGGAAAAAAAAAUCACUAUUGCAUAAGCCUAAUUACAAACAUUUUUUAAUCUUUAAAAAUUUUAAAAAUCUUUAAAACCCAGUGUUUUUGAUACUAUAGCACUAUUUAAAGUUUAAGCUUAAAAAAACAUUAAUUGCAUGUGUUGUUCAUCUUCAUUUUUUGAUUAUUUUCUUGAGUGAGCCAAUAAUUUUUGAUGAUUGCAGUAUGAUUUGGUUGAAGUAUUCUCCAGGGCACUAGAAAGACUGAUCUGGAAUGACUUGGGUAACUGGGUCAGCCUUUACCCGACUGGUUCACAGCUGUGUUAGCUGCAUUUAUCCCACUGAGCAAGCCUUCAAGAUUAUUCAAAACAGGAGCUUACCUGCUAUUGCUAUAGUGUUAAUGCUGUUCUGUAAAUUAUUGUGCACAAAUGGCACAGCCUUUAUUAUAGAAAAAGGAUGUGUGCAUAACUUGAAGCCGAUAUUAGUAUUAGUAUUAGGAUUAGUAUGCUAUUUUACAUUUUUUUUUGUACACUUAAAAUGUUGAAUAGGGAAUAACGUGCAUUAGCUAAUAAAUAAAUAACUAGGGUGGACUAUAAACUUGUUUUGCAACCUACGUUCACAUUUCUUGGGAUUUGGCUCACUUUGACUCCCCCAAAUAAAAUCUUUGCUCUUCCCUCUGGUUUUGAUUGUGAAAAAAAAUUCUAUUGCCUUCUUCCUAUAAAAAGCAAGACCUCACAAAGGAAUACAACAAAUGCAGUCAUAAUGAUUUCAGUAACCUUUGCUGUUUGUGCAAAAGCUGAUGUUACAACCAUAGAAAAAGUCACAUACAAUAUUAAGCUAUCUGAAAGAGGUUACAGAUGUCAAAAUAAAUUCACCUUGAAUGCAUGUAAUAUAGAUGCACAUUUGUGUGAAUAUCAGUGACUGAGGAGUUGGAACAGGUUUAAAAUAUUCCAUUCAUUUUACUUAGACUUGCUUUGAAAUAGGGAGAAAACACAAAUCAAAAUGUCAUGAGUCUGUUGUGUCUGGCCAGUUGCCAUUUUGAGAAUGUGAAGCCAAAAGUGAGUAGUUGUCUAAUUUCAGGCUGUUAGUCAUCUCAUGAGUAAGACUGCUGUCUGUCUCCAUGGCAGUGUAACUCAAUCCCUCACAACAAAAUGUUUUAAAUGUAGUGAUAGUGCAUCACUUUGUGUCCUGUGUAACAUUAACUCUUGC